AUUUGAUGACCUCUAGGCAGUGGAGGGGCAGUCGAGGAAGACCAGGGCCCCAGGCGCCUACAUGGGCGGGAUGCACAAGAUCGGGCCUUGGCGGCCGGUGUUCCACGUCCCCGCACUCGCCAACAAGGGGCCCGGCCGCGGGCAAGUCCUGGUGCCUUCCUCGGCUCCAGGCUUUGCGGAUCUUGGCAACUAGCAAAAGGCGGGGCCGCCGAGCCAGUAACAACCGUAGACACCCAGCCCCGCGGCAGGAAAUACGGCGCGUGGUUUCCGGCGCGCUCAGAUGACGCGCGGCUCGGGCUUCCGCCUUGGGGAGCCGGCGGCGGAGCCUGGGACGCCGAGACCUGGGGCCCGGGCAGCUGGGCGGCGGCGGGCCCAAGGCGGGGAUGCACCGCCGCGGGGUGGGAGCUGGCGCCAUCGCCAAGAAAAAACUUGCAGAGGCCAAGUAUAAGGAGCGAGGGACGGUCUUGGCCGAGGACCAACUAGCCCAGAUGUCAAAGCAGUUGGACAUGUUCAAGACAAACCUGGAAGAAUUUGCUAGCAAGCACAAGCAGGAGAUCCGGAAGAAUCCUGAGUUCCGCGUGCAGUUCCAGGACAUGUGUGCAACCAUUGGCGUGGAUCCUCUGGCCUCUGGAAAAGGAUUUUGGUCUGAGAUGCUGGGCGUGGGGGACUUCUAUUAUGAACUAGGUGUCCAAAUUAUCGAAGUGUGCCUGGCGCUGAAGCAUCGGAAUGGAGGUCUGAUAACUCUGGAGGAACUACAUCAACAGGUGUUGAAGGGAAGGGGCAAGUUCGCCCAGGAUGUCAGUCAAGACGACCUGAUCAGGGCCAUCAAGAAACUAAAGGCACUUGGGACUGGCUUCUGCAUCAUCCCUGUGGGCGGCACUUACCUCAUUCAGUCUGUUCCAGCUGAGCUCAAUAUGGAUCACACAGUGGUGCUGCAGCUGGCAGAGAAAAAUGGCUACGUGACUGUCAGUGAGAUCAAAGCCAGUCUUAAAUGGGAGACCGAGCGAGCGCGCCAAGUGCUGGAACACCUGCUGAAGGAAGGGCUGGCGUGGCUGGACUUGCAGGCACCAGGAGAGGCCCACUACUGGCUGCCAGCUCUCUUCACUGACCUCUACUCCCAGGAGAUUACAGCUGAGGAGGCCAGAGAAGCCCUUCCCUGACUGUGUGGAAGGGCACACAGCAACAGGCCGGGAGAAGGAAGGAGGGCCUACUGGCGAAUAAACCUGGGCAGUUUUGUUUAUAAAAAAAAUAGAAAAAGUUCCAAGUUUUUCUUA